UAAAGAUGGCGACGUCUGUAGCUGGAGAGGGGCAGACAAGUCUAAAUGGAAUUAUUUCCGACCCCCAAACCAAAAAACUGACCGACCUGCCGACCGAAUUGCUCGAACACAUCCUGUGCUUCCCUGUCCUCAAACAUGUUGACAUUUGUAACGUUUCCUGCUGCUGCAAGCGGCUACACGACGUCUGCCAUGGAAGGGGGAAGGUCUGGGGACACCAGUACAAACUCAGAUGGCCAAGACUGCAGAGGUUUUACCGUCAGAAUGAGAGCUGUGACUGGCUCAAAGAAUACAAAACACGCCAUCGAGUUGGUAUACAAAUAAGAAGGACGGUGGAAUCAAUUUCAAAGAGAUUCUUCACAGAAGUCCCUUGCGUUGGCCAGGUGCUGGGAGACAGCUUUGCAGAGAUCGAGUCACUUGGGAUGCCAGAGCACUUUUGUGAGGAUGAGCUCCUCUUCAUACUCAACUCUGACAAGAGGAAAAGCUUGACUUUGAAGUACUAUGCAAAGAAAAUCCUUUACUUCCUGAGACAGCAGAACAUCCUGAGGAGUCUGAAGACCUUCCUGGAGCAGCCUGCAGAGCAGCAGUCAUCUAUUGAAGGUGCUGUACUGGUGGAUCAGUAUUGUAACCCACUGGCUGAUGUGUCACUGGACAGCAUAUCAGCCCAGGUGGAUGAGAUCACAGAAAAAGUGAAGAAGAUGCUGAGAAUCAAGAACCCCUCUCACCCCAGCCUGCGUAUGGCUCAAGGUGACUGUUUGGUCGUGGAGGACUUUGAUCUCCAGAGGCAGGUGGUGUGUGCCCUAAACUCUGUCUUAUAUGAGCAACUUCAAUACAAAGGCAACGAGUUCGACUACUACAAUCCCCUCAACUCUUACAUCCACCAGGUGCUACUACGCCAUACAGGCAUUCCCAUAAGCCUCUCUGUUCUCUACAUGACAUUGGCCAGGAAGCUGGGUGUUCAGCUGGAACCUGUCAACUUUCCAAAUCACUUCCUGCUGCGCUGGUGCCAAAAACCAAGAGGCAGUGAGGACAUCUAUGACUUUGUCUACAUCGAUGCCUUUGGUAAAGGCAAGCAGUUGACAGCCAAGGAGUGCGAGUACCUCAUUGGCCACCAGGUGACGGCAGAUUACUACAGUGCCAUCAGCACUACGGAGGUGCUCCUCAGGAUGGUGGGAAACCUGCUCAACAUCGGCAAGAGAGGGGAGGGCAAUGAGAAAUCCUACCAGCUGCUGAGAGACUCUCUGGACCUCUACCUCACUAUCAACCCAGACAAUGUGCAGUACCUGCUGCUCCAGGCGCGCCUGUACUUCCACCUGGGCAUCUGGCCAGAAAAGGUGCUAGACAUCCUGCAGCACAUUCAGGCGCUGGAUCCCUCCCAGCACGGGGCAGUGGGUUACCUGGUGCAGCACACGCUGGAGCACAUCCAGCACAAGAAGCAUCCUGUGACACCUGAAGUGAAGAAGCGUACCGCUCCAGAACACCUUGAGGUCCAGUAUUCAGUUGGACUCAUCAUGAAACACAAGAGGUCAGGUUAUAACUGUGUGAUCUACGGCUGGGACCCCAAAUGCACCAUGAGCCAGGAGUGGAUCACCACCAUGAGGGUCCACCAACUGUCUAACGGGGCCAACCAGCCUUUCUACAACGUCCUCGUGCAGGAUGGAACGUGCCGCUACGCAGCACAGGAAAACCUGGAGCCCCACUCAGCCCCCCUGGAGAUCGGCCACCCGGAGGUGGGUCGCUACUUCUCCGAGUUUGCCGACAACCACUACGUUGCUAAUGAAGAACUGCAGACUCGAUACCCAGAGGACAUGAAUGAAACCUUGGGCACAGUGCAGGAGCUCUAUCAUAGACUGACACCUGGCUCUGGGACCCAAGUGCAGCCUCCUGCCUCAGACCAAAACAACCACCAAGCCAUGGCCAUGUAGCAAAGUAGCUGUGUCCAACGACCUGCCAACACAGGCUAGCCAAUUACUGGUCACCCAUUCUCAAUUUACAAUCCACUUACAUGUUGAAAUUAAAACCAACCAGAGUAUUUUCUGAAACGAAUGAGUACCACAAUCAGGUUCCUAUGCAGAUCUCGAAAGAUUUCUUUUAACAUUUCCACAUCUGGAAAAAUGUGGGAAAAGACUGAAAGGUCUGGAAAUAUACAAGAAAGACUGUUAAUGUUGCUGCUCCAAUCCACAUCUCCAAAUACCACAGUGCAUUUGUUAUGAAAACAAAGUUCAAACUAUGGAGUGAUUGUAGCCUAGAUGAGGGAUAUUAUCAGGAUGCAUUUCUCACAACCUGGAGAUGUGAUAAUCUCCAGAUCCAGUCACAAAGUAUUCAAGUAGACACCUUGAAGAAAAAGGAACACAGGCUUGAGGUAAACAAAUAAGUGGACGAGUAAAUUCAGGAUGGGUAUCCAGGUGCUGUAAAUCUCCCCUUACCUAAAACCAAGGAAUGCUCCUUUACUCAGAGUCCUCUCCCCCCUCUCCACACCUCCCUGCACCCAGCACCAGUCAAACAAGCCCCCAGCAUAUAGCCGAAACCCUCCAGUUACAGUGCCACAGGAAGUAUUAUAAAGAAAAUACUUUGUAAAUUGACAUUUACUUUUAAUUCCCCAUCUUUUAACCAAGUUUCAUGCACUUACGAAAGUUCAACUUUCACAUUUCUAGAGUAUCUUGAUUUUUUUUCUGUAUAUUUACAAGUGAAACAUGUAGGAUGUCAUGGCUCAUCAGUAUGGGUGAGCUGUUAAUGGAAACACAAAAGAGGAACCAACCACUGACUUGAAACAGACCUUUGAGGAAAUUUUAAAAAAAAAUAA